CGAAAAUUAUACACAGACCAAGGUAUAGACGACGAUGAAAUAGAAGGGAAAAGAAACUAUAGCAUUUUGGACAAGUUUAACAAUAACCGAUGUCGAGGAAACUUUGUUACACCAAUGAAAGGCGAUGAAUUCACCCUUAAACACGUACAACAACAUGGAUUAAAGAACCCUAUAGUAUUUUAUGAAAAGACGGGACUGGGAAUGCGAGUGCCAAGUGAAAACUUCAAAGUAGCAGAAGUAAAACAAUGUGUCGGUAAUAGAAGAGUAUUAGAUGUGAUGGAUGUAAAUACACAGAGAGGAAUGGAGAUGUCUAUGAAAGAUUGGGUCAGAUAUUAUGAAAACCCUGAACGUGAUAGAUUGUUGAAUGUUAUUAGUUUAGAGUUCAGUCAUACCAGACUGGCUAAUUAUGUCGAAUCUCCAACCUUGGUACGACAAAUAGAUUGGGUAGAUAGAGUAUGGCCACGACAUUUAAAAGAUUGUCAAACAGAAUCAACCAAUGUGAUAGAUAAGAUGAAAUAUCCAAAAGUUCAAAAAUAUUGUUUAAUGAGUGUUGAAGGCUGUUAUACAGAUUUUCAUAUAGAUUUUGGUGGAACCUCAGUAUGGUAUCAUAUCUUACAUGGAGAGAAGGUAUUUUGGUUAAUUCCACCAACAGAGAAGAAUAUAGCUAUAUAUGAGAACUGGAUAUUAUCAGGAAAACAAGGGGAUGUAUUCCUGGCAGAUCAAGUGGAAUCUUGCCAGAUGCUGGAACUAAAAGCUGGUUACACAUUCAUAAUUCCAUCAGGAUGGAUACAUGCUGUGUAUACACCGGUAGACUCUCUAGUGUUUGGAGGUAAUUUUAUACAUAGUUUUAACAUCACACAACAACUACGUGUAGCAGAAGUAGAAGAUAGAACACAUGUACCUCAAAAGUUCCGCUAUCCAUUUUACAAUGAAAUACUGUGGUAUGUUUUGGAAAGAUAUGUUCAUUGUUUAACAGGAAAGUCAUAUCUUAAGAAACAUGAGAAGAAAAAGGAGGAAAUAGAAGAAGCACCUGAUUCACCUAAUUCAUCUCAAUUUGAUGAUGAUUCCAGACCCCCCUCCAGGAAUCCGGAUUCUAUUACUUUGGAAGAAGCAGACGCAGCAAAAGUGAAACAAGAAAAAGAGGAAUCAGACAAACUUUCACAACGAUUAACAAUAGAGCUAACACGUAUUGAUGCUAAUCAAAAACCCAAACGUAAAGGUGCAGGAGAGUUGUUAAAGGGUGGUGACUCUGAUGGGAGUUUUAGUGAUGUGGAAAAUAGUAAACCUUCAAAUGGAAACAGUGAUAUCAAGGAAAAAAAGAAACUAUAUUUAACUAAAUUUGAACAAGAUGGACUAGCUAAGUUGGUACAAUGGGUAGAAAAUGUACCAGUUCAGAAACGGGUCAUACCUAAGGAAUUAUUGAAUCCUGAAUCAGUUAUUGCAGACAUCAAGCAAAUAUUGGUAGAACAUAAGAAUGAUGACCAGACAUUAGCUAUAACUGGUGAACCAAUUUGUUCCUGGCCAGAAUCAGAAAUUAAGGUACUCAUUUCUUUAAAGUCAACUUUGGUUUCUAUUGAUUUUCAGAAAGUAAAACUGUAUAAACAGCCAAAAGGCCCAAAACCACCAAAAGGUUCAUCAAAGCAAGCAUCUGGUAACCGUAGGCGACGAACUAGAUGUAAGAAAUGUGAAGCAUGUACAAGAGCUGAUUGUGAAGAAUGUAAUUUCUGUAAAGAUAUGAGGAAAUUUGGUGGUCCUGGUAGAAUGAAACAGAGUUGUAUCAGUAGACAGUGUAUGGCUCCUGUUUUACCACAUACAGCAACUUGUAUGAUAUGUGAAGAAGAUCAACGAAUUAAAUUAGCAGACAGUGAUGAAUCUAUCACUACCCUCAUGGAAUGUGGUAUCUGCUGGGAAAUUGUUCAUCCUGAAUGUCUCAAGAAGAAGUUUGAAGAUCUAGAUGUAGAGGGUGUAGUUAACGAAGAUAUACCUAGUAGUUGGGAAUGUCCAAAAUGUUGUCAAGAU